UAUAUCAAUAAAUAAAUGAAAACCUAAGUUAAUUUAGAUUUGAAAUGUUAAAAUAAAACUAAUUAUAUAAUAUUUAUAUGUUCAAAAAAUUAUUUUCAAGCAGGAACGAAAUAGAAAUGAAAUUUCCUUGGAAGGUAACCGCAGAACAGGAAUAUGCUAAGGAUCCCAAACUCAAACCCGAGGAUGUCCAGAAACUACAAGAAUGGAUGAAAUCCCUUGAAUAUCUACCUCAAGUAGAUGAUGAAAUGUUAUGCCAUUUCCUCCAUGCUUGUUUUUAUGAUGUAGAACAUGCUAAAAAGACAAUAGAGACGUUUUAUAAUUACAGGACUACAAUGCCAGAUUUUUUUGCCAACUGGGACCCAAGCGCUGAAGAUAUGCAAGAAACAUUAAAUAAUAUAAUGUUAGCAGCACCAUUACCACAAUUAACGCAAGAUGGUUAUAGGGUUAUCGUAUGUAAAUUAAAUGAUACUAAUCCAGAAAGAUUUGUAUACCCACUUUGUGUCAAGUGGAUGUUUAUGUGUUGUAUGCACACAAUGUGGGAUAAAGGCAUCAUAAAUGGCUAUGUGAUCGUCUACGAUGCGACAGGUUAUACGAUGUCACAUCUUUUAAAAUGUUCUCUUACAAAUGUAAGGAACUACAUUAAUUAUGGAAAGAAUGCCUCGCCUAUAAGAGUAGUUAAAAUUGUUUUUAUAAAUACUAGUACAGUAAUUAAGAGGUUGAUGACCCUAGCGAGACCGUUUCUAAGCAAAGAAAUCGUCAAUAUGAUGGAAUUUCACACAUCAGCUGAACCAUUUUUUGGGGGACUUCCGCCUGAAACAGUACCCGAAGAUUACAAUGGAUCAGCCCCACCAAUCUUAUCACUUCAUAGAGAAUCUGUGAAAGCAGUAACAGCAUCUAGAGAAUGGCUGAUCCAAGAAGAGAAAGUACGAAUCGAUGAGGCUAAAAAGAAUGGGAAAUCAAAAAAAGAUACCACUACUCUGGAAGACUCUUUCACUAAACUAGAGUUCGAUUAAAAAUAAAAAUAAAUAAGAUUUAUAGAAUUAAGUAGACAAUAAGGUCAAAAGACUGCUUAAAUAUCAAUAUUGUUAUCAAUGAUUUUUAUUGAUUAAGAGGGGAAAUUAUAUCAAGUAUACAUAUAUGUUGAUUCAGUUAUAAAAAAAAUUGUUCUGAUUAUAUAUGUCUUAUAAGAAUCAUUGUUUUUGUCGAUUUUCAUAAAUUUAUUUUUGUUUUAUCA